GGUUUCAGAGCGUAAUGACACGAUUCAAUCAAAUGUAUCGACUUCAGCCAUCUUCAGAUUCAUUGGAAAUUGCGCUGCUCCUUUCUUGGCCACUUGGGGGCAGUAAAACGCAGAUAUACUGAGAGACGUGAUGACGCUCACAAGUCCUCAGUACGCUGCAGUUGUAGUCAUUUUUUCAUAACGUGGGGUCAUGAUGGUGUGCAAGCUAGAUACAUCGUGUUGAUGCCUUAUGUUCCUGACAAUAGUCUUCUAUAUGUAUUGUUUUUUUUGUCAAUUUUCAAAAAAAAUUGACAAAAAAUGUGUUCAAUUUUUUUGUCAAAAUUGAACAGCUGGAUUUUGGGGAGGUAUUUUUGUGUUUUUUUUUUUUCCUGUAGGAUUUCAAACUUUUGUAGUAUUAGUAUUUUGUCUUUCUUUUUCGGAUCACGGCUACCUGUGGGCACGCUUCCACCUGUCGUCGGCUGCCAGUUGUUUGUUGACUUGUCGGACGUGUUACUUGGGGUGUUAAGAAUCAAGUCGUCAUGAAAAACAUCUCCCGGCUUAUCGGCGUAAUCCGCUCUCAGCGGCUUUUCUGCCCGCGGAGCCUUAAUUCUGUCACGAGGAUGCUGUAAAGGGGGGCUGCGGGUCCGUGGUGGGAUGGGGUAUGACACAAGCUCGAAUUUUAAACGGCUCUGAUUUGAGAGGAAAAAAAAAUACUGGCGGAGCAGCUGUGGAAGGAGACACAUUUGGUUUUUACGCAAUAAAAUGACCAUAAAUGUCUUUCUUUCACCGUGAAAGUUUUUUUCUAAAAGUUGUCAAGUUGUUGUGGCAAACGAUAUGGAAAAUUAUUGCUUCAUAAAAAAGCAAACGAGAAAAAAAAAUGUUUUUUUCAAAUUGUAUUUGAUUAUGCGAUGGAAUAAUCCACACUAAAAUUAUCCGAUAGUGACACCAUCAAAAAAAAAAAAAAUGACGUUGAGACACAGUUGACCAAAUAUGGUCAGCUCUAUGACACAACGAAACAUCUGCCCAUCCAAGGAGUGACCAAUCAGAGAUGGCGAGUUGCGCCCCAAAUUUUUUUUAUGGACUUUCAGCUCUAUUUUGCUGAUUGUGCCUCAGGUAGAUGCUCUUGAAUUCAUCUUUCUCCUUUUGAGAAUCAAGUUCCCCUUGGCCCGUGUCAAUAUUGAUCCGGAACACACGAUGGAAAAUGACCAGUAUAAAAAAAGGUUCACUGAGAUUCCCGUGAGGGAAGAACACAAUAGAAAGCAUCCAUCUACCCGCUGAAUACAAAAGCCAUGUGCUGAUAGCGGCUUCCAUGGCUUCUGUCAGCUCCUCAACUCUCCCUCUCUCGCUCUCGCUCGCUCUCUCCCCCCUUCUCUGUGUGUUCUGCUCGCUCUCAGAGGAAGCCAGCGUCUGAUUGGUCGCCGCCUCACAGGGAGCGGGAUGCAGGAGCUCAAGGAGGAGAGCGCAAAGAUGCGAUGAGGGAUUGCCACGGAACUUCCUUGUUCGGAUGGGGGCUCUUUUCGGUACCCUUUUUCCUGAUAAAAUGGUGGACCAUUGGAGUCGCCGCCCGCAUGGAGCCCCCCCUCACCGCGCCUCUGGAAUGAUGUGACCCCACUUGGACGCCGCACCCCGAAGCGGGGCUCAACAUGCCGGUGAUGAAGGGGCUCCUGGCCCCCCAGAACACCUUCCUGGACAACAUCGCCACUCGCUUCGACGGCACCCACAGCAACUUCCUGCUGGGCAACGCGCAGGGCCAGCGCGGCUACCCCAUCGUGUACUGCUCGGACGGCUUCUGUGAGCUGACGGGCUUCACGCGCACCGAGGUCAUGCAGAAGAACUGCAGCUGCCGUUUCCUGCACGGCGCCGACACCAGCGAGCGCGUGGCCCAGCAGAUGGAGAAGGCCCUGGAGGGACGCCACGAGUACCAAGCCCAGGUGCACUUCUACAGGAAGGACGGCGUGUCCUUCUGGUGCCUGCUGGACAUCGUGCCCAUCAAGAACGAGAAGGGCGAGAUGGUCCUCUUCCUCUUCUCAUUCAAGGACAUCACCGACAGCCACGGCAAAUGUCAGCACAACAGCACCAGGGAAGUUUUGGAGGAGGACAAGCGUCGGCGGAGGAAGGGCGGCUCCCGCCUGAGCGAGGCCCGCAAGCGAGGGCGCGCCGUCUUGUACCAGCUGACCAGCCGCUUCUCCCGCCGGCCCAAAGGCGACGUCAACCUGGGCGGGAACAUGAUGGAUCGGCUUUCGGUGCCAGAGUACAAGGUGGCGGCGGUGCAGCGCUCUCGCUUCCUGCUGCUGCACUACAGCGUGUCCAAGGCGCUGUGGGACUGGCUGAUCCUGCUGGCCACCUUCUACGUGGCCGUCACGGUGCCGUACAACGUCAGCUUCACGCCCUACCACGACAACGCCGCCGCCGCGCGCUCCACCAUCGUCAGCGACAUCGCCGUCGAGAUGCUCUUCAUCACAGACAUCAUCCUGAACUUCCGCACGACCUUUGUGAGCCAGUCGGGUCAGGUGGUGUACCAAUCGCGUUCCAUUUGCAUCCACUACGCCACCACCUGGUUCUUUGUGGACCUGGUGGCCGCUCUGCCAUUUGACCUCCUCUACGCUUUCAACAUCACCGUGACUUCACUGGUGCAUCUCCUGAAGACGGUGCGUCUGCUGCGGCUGCUGCGGCUACUGCAGAAGCUGGACCGCUACUCGCAGUACAGCGCCAUGGUGCUGACGCUGCUCAUGUCCGUCUUUGCCCUCCUGGCCCACUGGAUGGCCUGCAUCUGGUACAUGAUCGGACGCAAGGAGCUCGACACCAGCCACACCUGGGAAAUCGGGUGGCUACACGAGCUGGGCAAGCGUCUGGAAACGCCGUACGCCAACAGCACGACAGGCGGGCCGUCGGUGCGCAGCGCCUACAUCGCCGCCCUCUACUUCACCCUCAGCAGCCUGACCAGUGUGGGCUUCGGCAACGUCUGCGCCAACACCGACGCCGAGAAGAUCUUCUCCAUCUGCACCAUGUUGGUGGGCGCGCUGAUGCACGCCCUGGUGUUCGGGAACGUGACGGCCAUCAUCCAGCGCAUGUACUCGCGCCGCUCGCUCUACCACACGCGCAUGAAGGACCUGAAGGACUUCAUUCGCGUGCACACGCUGCCCCAGCAGCUCAAGCAGCGAAUGCUCGAGUACUUUCAGACCACCUGGUCUGUCAACAACGGCAUCGACGCGAACGAGCUGCUGCACGACUUCCCCGACGAGCUGCGCGCCGACAUCGCCACGCACCUGAACAAAGACAUCCUGCAGCUGGCCGUCUUCAAGGGCGCCAGUCGCGGGUGCCUGCGCUCGCUCUCGCUGCACAUCAAGACGUCCUUCUGCGUGCCCGGCGAGUACCUCAUCCGCCAGGGCGACGCGCUGCACGCCAACUACUUUGUCUGCUCCGGAUCCCUCGAGGUCCUGAAGGACGGUGUGGUGCUGGCCAUACUCGGAAAAGGCGACCUGAUCGGAUGCGACUUGCCGGAGAGCGAGCAGGUGAUCAAGACCAACGCGGACGUGAAGGCGCUCACCUACUGCGACCUUCAGUACGUCAGCGUGCGCGGGCUGAGGGAGGUACUUCACCUUUACCCCGAGUACGCCAGCGUCUUCGCCUCCGACAUCCACAACAACAUCACCUACAACCUGCGAGAGGGCAGCCAGGACCAGGGACUCGGCAGGUUUCCAAGGUCGCCCAGGAUCCUACUUGAAGCGCGACCGAGUGCCUUGGCGGAAACGAUCAAGCACGAGAAUUCGUCGGACGGCUUCCAGCCGUCGCCGUCGACGCGAUCGCGCCGUAACCUGCUGCUGCCCAACCUGAGCAGCCCCGUGCGCCGCACCUCCCUGGGGAACCUGCUGGGCGACGAGCUGCGCCAGUUCAACGCGCUGCGACGCUGCCGCUCGCCCAACCUCCGCCGCGGCUUCCUCGGUCCCGACGCCGCCGCCCCCUCCUCGCCUCAGACUCCGGCCAAACCGCAGCGUGCCUCCUCCGUCCUCCGGUCGGGCGAGGAGCGCAAACCUCCCAAGCUCCUCAUCCCCACCGUCACCUGCUUUGGCCCCCCCGACCUCAGUCCCAGGGUCGUGGACGGCAUCGAGGACAACGGGCACGUGUUCCAUUUCAACGUGGAGCACGCCGGGCCACAAGCCAAAAGAGGAAGCGGGGGAGCCCAAGAUUCCACGCGGGUGAACGGCCAUCUCUUCCUGGAGACUGAGGAAGUCCGGCAGAGUAUCAGUCAACUCCACCAAAAGAUGGGCUCGUUAAACCAAGAAGUCUCGGAGCUGGCCAACGGCCUGCGCAGCAUCAUCCACCUCCUCCAGGCUCACUUCAACGCCCAUCAGAACUCGUACCUCCACCACCAGGGGGCGCCCGCUCACCCGGGCCACCGAAGCCACCCGGCCACCGCCCGGUGCCCAAACGCUACCUUGGCCGCGCCGCCGACGUGGACGUCAGGUCCGACCGCCAUCAGCCGAUCCCAGCCCGCUUUGGACCUGCUGCGCCCGGAUGCCGACCCCCUUGCCAACCUCCCGCCGGGCGGUUCUUACCCCCUUCUCGGCCUGCUGCAAACCUCACACGAGGACGUCGCAUGUUUCGUUCAAGACUCGCAUCCCUCUUUGAUCCCCGCUUGCACAUCCCCGCGACCAAUCCCGUCCUCACCUGUAUCGGACCACCCCGGUCUCAAUCUGAACCACAGCAGUGAAGAGUGCCUGCUGGGCAGCCGCAGAGAAAGCGAAAGCACGUCCAGGUCCAGCGUUGGCGUACAGACGCAGAGUAGCGAGCAGUCGUGGUUUUUGGACCUCACGGAUUAAAAAAUGUUUUUUUAAAUCAGUGUUUCCCCAACACCAACAAUGAAAAGACUUGGAGGAACCCCACAAGGCCAUCUAGCCUCACACUCCUCUGCGCUUUUUACCAUUUCUAUGCAAAGAAGGCAUGUCAAAUUUUUUUUUGGUGGGCUUUAAUUGUGCUUUGAAUGACGAGACGGCUGUUGUAGUUUACAGCAAAACAUUUUCUUCCCCCGAAACGUUGCAUUUUAUGCCCUCGCAUGGUCAACAUAUUGUUUUUCCCAAAUGGACUUUUUUGCAUUCGCUGAGCCACGCGUGGCGUGUCGAAAGCAAACGCUGCGUCGAUGACCGAGCGGAUUGCAAAUACACUUGCAUGAAACGAAGUCCAACUGCCCCGACGAUGGAUUGUAUUACAUCACAUCAUUGCAGCAAAAAAGAAAAAAGUAACACCAAAUGAACAUCCCGAUGAUACUGUAAGUCGGUAACUAAAUUAAAUGACCCCCCCCCCACCCACCCCCAUUCCUAUAUGUACUGAAAGUCGGCUCUAUACCUCUCCUUGGGGCCAAUUCUAAUUCGACCACGAGAUUUGUUCUGAUUGAUACCAAAUAGUCAACGCAGGAAAAGUUAAACAGUAGCCGAUGUUCUUUGGAAAGCUUUGAAACGUUCCCACAUUGCUUCAUAUUAUAUUUUUUUGGGGGGGGAGGGGGGGGUCGCCAUCAACCAUGUGUUGCAAUCAAGUCUGUUUACUUUUUUUUUUGUUUGUUUUUGUUGACCCGGAGUACAUGUUUUUGUACUAUUGUGUCAAAAAGUUAUUUCCUGAACAAGAAAGUUGCUUAUAAAAGGAGACCACGCUAGGAAGAAGAACAUCACUCCAGUCGGAUCGUCGCUUGAACAACAUGAAGUGCCUCCUCGUUGCUCUUCUCGUCUUUGUGCUCGUCAGCCAGGGCGAGGCCCUGAAGUGUCACUGCUCAGGAGGGCAUGGUUGUUUUCUAUUCGAGGAGACCUGCAGCCCUUUCCAAGAUUUCUGUGCCACAGUUAACUUUCACGAUGGCUCCUACCCCAGCGUCGUUCGAGGCUGCUCAUCAUUCAGUGACUGCAGGAGGCUAGACAGCCCUGGCAUCUCUACAUCUUCCUGCUGCUUCUCCGACUUGUGCAACUUUUAAAGAUUGUGCUUGGGAAUGACAGUCAUUACUUCCAUUGAUGGAUAGAUAAUAAACACUUGGUUUGACUGUCUACGGGCUUGUCUUUUGUGCUAUUAAAAAAAUGAAUAAAUAAUUUGGGACAUUCUUCACUAAAUUUACUAAGCCAUUGAA